AUGAACUCGCUACUUGAAUAUCUACCUCCAGCUGACGGUCUAUUGCCGAAAUGGAUCUUCUUCAUCUCCAUAGUAUCGCUCGGUAACAGCAUUCAAGCCUACUUGUCGCUCGGUCCAACACAGAAGGUCUACUGCGGCACCAGAUCUGUACCAGCUGGCGUGCCUGCUAGCACCGUUCCCAACCCGUCGCCCGUCACACCCCUCUCGGCUCGCACCUUCGGUACCUGGACCGCCAUCACUGCUAUCGUUCGUCUCUACGCUGCGUACAACAUCAACUCUAAGCCCAUGUACGAGCUGGCGUUUUGGACAUAUAUUGUCGCAUUCGCGCAUUUCAUGUCAGAGUGGCUGGUAUUUGGUUCCACCAGAUGGGGAAAGGGUCUCGCCGGACCUGCCAUUGUCGCGACCACCUCUAUGAUCUGGAUGUACUCCCAGUGGAACUAUUAUGUCAAGGCAUGA